GUCUCCACUGAAUUAAUAAGUCAGUCAAAUCAUAAGAGUGCUAAACUUGUAAUUUAACCAAUUUACCUAAACAAAAAUGGAGUAAAAAGUGCUUAUCGGCUCUUAUUGACUAACCUCCAAAAGCUAGAGAUGCUGCCCGCCGUCCAAUCAUGAACCAGCACUACAACCAAAUUCGCUGCCUUCGGUGCCUUGUGCAUCCAGGAAAGAGAAGAAUCGAAAGCCAAUCAGCUUAGAAACGAGAAGCUAUAGUCAGGCCUCGGCGAUUAUCUCUUGAACGAUGGCAGCGUCGGCAAAAACUCUCGCCAUUCCGGAUCAGUCAAAUAAUGGCGACUGGACGGUUGUGUUACCUCGUCGUGGCAGGCAGAGGAAAAUUUUUCGGAAGCUAAGUAAUCGAGAAGAUCAACGGACUUGGUCUCCCACUGAUCAGGCUAAUGAUACAAUCAGGGAAUCGAAACUGUUGCAGAAGAUGGAAAUCUGUAUCAAGAAAGUUGAGAGUUCCCAAUUUUUUCAAACUCUUGUUGAGGAGCUUGGAACAAAGCCAGUCUUGGAAUCGUUAAAUAGGGUUUUGGCUUCGGAAUCAAAGAUGGGGAUGGUUAUCUAUGGCGUAGGAAGCAUAGAGAAUUAUGAAAAUCCUCGUUUGCAGCUCGGUCUUGCAAUAUUGUUGAAGAGAAAAUUUAGUUGGAUUGGAAGUUUGGAGGUGUUUGAUCCAAUUCUUUCUGCAACUGAAUGUCGGUUAAUGGAGUCCUUUGGCUGUUCUGUUAUAUCAGUUAAUGAGCAAGGACGACGAUGUGCACAGAAGCCAACAAUGUUCUUCAUGCCCCAUUGCGAGGCAGAGUUGUACAACAAUCUUUUACAGGAAAAUUGGACAGUGGAGCUGUUGAAUCAUGUUGUGUUGUUUGGGAAUAGCUUUGAGAUCUAUGAACAGUUUGUAUCUGAAUUCAAGAACUCACCCGUUGUUGAUUCAGCAAAGUACAUCUUAGCCUCUAGAAAGUUCACAAAAGAGAUAAAAAUCAAGACAGUUUCAGAUGAUUAUUUUGAUGCUUUCCAUGAUUCAAGUUGGCAUUUUUUCAGCCCUGUUUCACCUAUGGAGCUGCAAUUCUCAGAUCUUUAAAGGACAUUGCCUGGUGAUUGGGAAAACAGCCAGGUAAAUUCAUUGUUAUAAUUGAACAUGUAUUUUUUUCUUUUCCUGAUUGUGUUUAGCAUCUCAAAAUUUUGCAAAGUGUCAAAUAUAGGAAUGUUUGUCACUUGUCCCAAGCUUGACUUAGGUUUUAAUAGGAUGAUAAUUUGGUUCCAUACCAAAGACGAACAGACAGAACAUUAAGAUCUUAAGGACACAAUUGUACAACUUAUAGAAUAGAUUCUGUUCAAGGACGUAAAAGAAAGAGCAUAAAGAUGUCUCAACGGUCUAAAAUAGCCUCCGUUGGCAUCAUGUUAUAAGAUAUUCUAUUGCAAGGAAAACAGCUUUUUUGAGAGUAGAGAUUUACAUUACCCUAUGGGGACUCUUGAGAACCAUUUUAGGUUCUAUCUCACAACUAUGAUGAACAGAGUCUUCACUUGGUAGUGCUACUGCUAAUGUUGGUAACAAUGUAGUUCUUGCUUAGCAUAUCUACGAGUGUGAACUCACUAUACUGAUGAAUUGUUUGAUUUGAAUAUCAUUGUAGACCUUGAUUGUUGUGCUUUUAGGAUUAAGAUAGAAUCAAUUAUAGGUUAUGUUUAUCUCAAGUGAAACAUAAUCCAUCAAUGAUAACUUGAAAAAUGGGUCUCAUUUUGAUUACGUUUGUUGUUGUUCAUCUAUUCUGUAAUUGUAAUGAAUUGUGGGGUCUACCUCAAAAUCUAUAAUCAAAAUGUGUAAUCUAUUUGAGGGA